GCAGGUGCUGAGAGCUCAGGAGAUGGUGUGAGGCAGGGAGCUGUCGCUGCCCCCAGGGGAGGGGCCACUCGGCCUGUGAACUAGGGGAGCAGAUGCUACUCCCUCUAGGUGAAUCGGGGACCUCCUGUUCCACACAACCCCAGCCCCCCUCCCAGAACAAGGGAGAGUCACUGAACCUGACAGGGAGCAAAGGAAACGCUUCUAAACACAGGGCACGUGGGCCUGUGGAACUCACUGCCAGCAGGUGCCAGGGCCCAGGAGCUGAGCAGGAGCCGGGAAGGUCCCAGUGGAAGAUGAGCCCCAGCCAUACAUCAGGGAAGGGGCCCACAGGGGAGAUCUUCGGGAAUGGGGGCGUUCAGGCCAACUCUCAGAUCCCGAUCAUGACGGAUGGGCUCAUGAGCAAAGCUGCCACCAUGGAGAUCCCCAUCAACGGAACCGGGGACACGGGCAGCCUGCCGGAGGACGACAGCCUGGAGCAGGACUUGCAGCAGGUGAUGGUGUCGGGGCCCAACCUGAACGAGACCAGCAUUGUGUCGGGGGGCUACGGGGGCACCGCUGAGGGGAUCAUCCCCACCAGCUCCGGGCUGCACCUGCCCCACCCCGGCCCCCUGGCAACGGGAGACGAGGCUGCCCGGGGCAUCGCUGUGGAGAAGUUUGAUAUUGUCAAGAAAUGGGGCAUCAACACAUACAAAUGCACCAAGCAGCUGAUCUCGGAGCGCUUCGGCCGGGGCUCGCGCACAGUGGACCUGGAGCUGGAGACGCAGAUCGAGCUGCUGCGUGACACGAAGCGCAAAUACGAGUGUGUUCUGCAGCUGGCACGGGCACUGACCCACCACUUCUACAGCCUGGUGCAGACCCAGCACGCCCUGGGCGACGCCUUCUCCGACCUGAGCCAGAAAUCCCCCGAGCUGCAGGAGGAGUUUGGCUGUAAUGCAGAGACGCAGAAGCUGCUGUGUAAGAACGGAGAGACCUUGCUCGGGGCUGUCAACUUCUUCGUCUCCAGCAUCAACACCCUGGUGAACAAGACUAUGGAGGACACGCUCAUGACUGUUAAGCAGUAUGAGACGGCCAGGCUGGAGUACGACGCCUACCGCACAGACCUGGAGGAGCUGAGCAUGGGCCCACGGGACGCCAGCACCCUGUGCCGCCUCGACGCCGCCCAGAGCCACUUCCAGAGCCACAAGGGGAAGUACGAGAAGCUGCGGGCCGACGUGGCCAUCAAGCUCAAGUUCCUGGAGGAGAACAAGAUCCAAGUGAUGCACCAGCAGCAGCUGCUCUUUCACAACGCCGUCUCCGCCUACUUCGCCGGCAACCAGCAGCAGCUGGCCCAGACCCUGCGGCAAUUCAACAUCAAGCUGAAGACGCCGGGUGCCGAGAAGCCCUCGUGGCUGGAGGAGCAGUGAGCGGCCUGAACUCUGAGCUCUGGCCGGGGCCAGGCGCGUGUGGGCGAGGGGGACCCCUGCACAAGCCCCGCGGCCUGGACCCCGGCUGGGUACAUGGGGUCCCUUUGCCUCGGGGCCCAGGUGGGGGCUGGAGACGGGCCCUAAGCUGCGGCAGGGCUCCCCCGGCUGCAACUCUGCCCUGGGAGUUCGGUGCCCCCAGCCUGGGCUGCUCCUAGGGGUGCAGCGCUUCAGUGACCCCCACCCAGUGCAGCUGCAGGGCAACGGGGGUCACUCCUGGGGGGGCCGGUGUGUCCUGUCAUCCCCCACUCCCAAUAGGCCUCACUCCUGGGGGGGGGGCAGCGUGUCCUGUCCCCCCCCCCCCCCAACAGGCCUCACUCCUGGGGGGGCAGCGUGUCCUGUCCCCCCCCAACAGGCCUCACUCCUGCGGGGGCCAGUGUGUCCUGUCCCCACCAACAGGCCUCACUCCUGCGGGGGCUGGUGGGUUCUGUCGUCCCUCCCCCCCAACAGGCCUCAUUUCCUUCCUCAGUUCAAGGCCUUCUGGGGAGCGGGAGGGGGCAAUGUCUCCUGUCCUGCCCCUCAGGGCCUCACUUCUUACACCCCCAGGCCUCAGUGUUUUCGGGGGGAAGGGUGUGGGGGGGCUGGGAGCCAGGACUCCUGGGUUCUGUCCCAGCUCUGGGAGGAGAGUAGGGUCCAGAGCAGGGUUAUGGCUGGGAGCAUUUCCAGAGGCGGGGGGGUCAGCUGCUUUCAUUAUUUCCUCCCCCCUCGGACACACACACUACAGCCCCUUCUUCCCCUGCACUGGGGCAGCAGGUGUUUGGGGACUGCCCUGCCCCUGGGCUCCAGCCCCCUUCCCCGCUGCGGGGCAGGGGGACGGGUUGGGCUUGGCACAUUCCUGCCAGCUGCAGUCUUUCCAUUUGCACAGAGCCAGCCUCCGGUGGCCAGUGCUGGCCGCUCCAGCAGCACUGGGCUCCUCUGGCAUGUGUGUGUGCAGGGGGGUGGCCAGGUCUGUCCUGCGCUGGCCACGCCGGGGCCCCUCUGCCGCCAGGCCAGGGGGUGCUGCGGCCCUUUCUCCUCUGCCAGGGGAGAAGUGGUUUGUUUUUCUUGCUAAUUUAAUCCCUGGUUCUACCCCAACCCCCCACAUCUGUGAAGGUUCCAGAAUAAAGGGUACGAAGUCA